AUGUCGACGCCGUCCGGUCAGUCGCCCACGCUGCAUGAGCUGAAAAUCGAUCCCUAUCUCUCUGCACCUUCGGAUCCCGAAGAAAGUGACUUUCAUGCCAGCGCUAUUCGCUUAACUGCUGCCGGUGGGAGUCCGAAUCACAGUUCGCCGAAUGGAAGUCGGCGCCCGUCGGUCCAGUCACAGACUCACUUAUUUCGCGGAAAUGGCCAUAUGCCGUCGAAGCCGAUCUCGUAUCUUGCGCCGUCGGAUAUUGAGCUGGUAAAUGGCUCUGAUACUUGGCAAACCGAAGCCACCUCAUCCUUCAAUAGUGGCCCAAAGGCUCCAGAAGGAAAUAUGCGAUGGGUAUCGGGUGUAGACGUGAAUACCUCGCAGUGGCUCAGCACAGAUAACGCGAUGCCGAGUCCGACAUCUACAUCGGGCAGUCUGACUGUCCCCAGUAGUGCCGCCACCAUGCGUGAAUCUUUCGCGAGGUCUCAGCCAGGCCUCGGUAUCUCUAAUUCGACAUGCGUUCUGCCUGAACUCACUAUUUCGACCAAUUACCAGUUAGAAGAUGAUUUGAUCUCGCCUUCGACAAGAGGAAGAAGCCCUAUCGUCACCGUGAGUAAAGUGUCGCGCGGAGAUUCUCCCGUUGUCCACCAAAGACGGCCAAGUAGGUCAACCGCGCAUCUCUCUCCUGGAGACAUGUCUAGUGAAUCUGGUCAUGAAGACGAUCUUAGCGAUGUGCGAUCGGUCGGCUCACUCUCUGUGGCACGAACCCAUAAUGGCAAAUGGAUCCCCAAUUCCACAACUGGUCAUAGAGGUCUCGAUCCGGUAUACCGUGGAGAUGAACUUGUGCCGAGCCCGAAUGAUCUACAAGACCAGCGCGAGCGCGACAAGAAGAACGAAUCUAUUUCCAUCUGGACCGAAUCCGUGAGCGAGGCCAGCAAUGGCGUGGCUGAUGAGCCUCCUUUAUCUCGAUUGAAAUCUCCGGCGACUAGGACGCGCCGAGCCCGAAGUACUGGGGAUCGUCCCUUUCAGCAGGAGGACUAUUUCAACUUACAGUUCACCUCUACCAAUCGACCGGUUCUGGGACCUGGAGUCAAGGUCUAUGAGAGCAGUGAGGAUGAAGCUAGUGAAGCAUCCAAUGAGAAUGAAAGUAUUCGUGCCGAGUCUCCUGUCGCUGAUGCCACUCAAAUCGACCAGAACGAUUGCCGAACACCUGAGAUUUGUGAUUCACUUGAACAGACGGACUCCCGUGGGAACUUCUGUCUUUAUCCAUGGCAAGACAUUCCAUGCGACUCAACCCCAAGGACAGAAGUGAUGCAACCAGGAACUUCCAGCGCCGCCAUGGUGGCCUUUGAGAAGCGUGCGCGCGACCUCGAGACGGCAUCAUUAACGGCAACUAUUGACAACAACAGUAUCAUUAAUUUCGGGAUGACUUUCGACAGACUAUCCAUAAAAGAUCAACCCAAAACCAAGGAGAGACGGAGUAAUAGUCUUCUGAGACGUCCUUUCUUCCAGCAAGCGUCCUCAAAACUCAAGCGUCAAGCGUCUGAUCUUUCUAUUUCCACCGCCCACACUGCUGCUCAACCAUCUCCUCAAGAGCCUCGGCGUAAGGACAGCGGCUCACAUCGUCACAGGUUGAGCUUGUCGUCUAGAUCUCCUAGAUCGCAUAAACACACGCGCUCUCCUAGCCUGACAAAUGCUCUCAUGUCUAUGUCAGGUCAAAUGGCGGCCAUUGGAGGCAGUCAUUCAGUUCGUGCCGUAUCACCCAAUCCAGAAGCGAGCCCUGUGAAUGUCCCCAAGAACCGUGUCCGAAGCCGAAGCGAAGUUCCGCGACCUGUCACGCCGGGCUUGAUGGAUCUCAUGACCACCCAUGGUGGGCCCCCAGUCGCUGGUCUAUAUCGGUCUCCCAUGCCGGAGAUGGGACCUGAGCCAAGAAGUGCAGCUCCAAGACCCAACACCGCUGGCGCGGAAGUUGAAGACGAAAUCGACAUGAUCGACGGCAGGAGUUAUGUGAUGGACUUCCCACCUGUCUCUAGCCUACCAGUGCCUACUUUUGAAGGGUUUAGGGCGCAGAUCAUGCAACUUAAUCCACAGCUCGAACCUGCUCUGAUCCAUAGGUUUGCACAGGCACAAGUGCGUCGUUAUAGAAAUCUGGUAGAACUGCAACAGAAGCACUUGGUUGCCGUUGCCAAUCGCUCGUGCAAGGCGGGCAAAUUUUGCUUUGCUCUAGGAGGCGAGGCGUUCUGGCCACCACAUCGCCCUGCCGACACCGAGGCUGGACGAACCCAUUUCCGGGUUGCUGACCACAGCACUAGCCACAGCCGCGAUCAGCCUUAUAUUUUAGGCGAGGGAGCUAUUGCUGCAGCUCAUUUCCCGCCUGGUGUACCUCUUCCACCUGUCGACCGCCUACCCGCCGAGUUCGAGUGCCCGAUUUGCUUUGAAGUCAAGAAGUUCCACAAGCCAUCUGACUGGUCCAAGCACGUUCAUGAAGACACGCAGCCCUUCACGUGUAGCUUCCCCGAGUGUAAUGAACCUAAAUCAUUCAAGCGCAAGGCAGAUUGGGUUCGACACGAGAAUGAGCGACAUCGACAACUUGAGUGGUGGACCUGCUCCAAUUUCGAGUGCCACCACACCUGUUAUCGCAAGGACAACUUCGUUCAGCACCUAGUGCGAGAGCAUAAGAUGCCCGACCCAAAGGCAAAGAAGACCAAGGGAUCAGCAGACGCAGGCGACGGUUUAUCUGACAGCAUGCGUGAACAGGAACUCAGUCGGCUCUGGAAAAUAGUUGACGAGUGUCACCAUGAAACAGAAAACACCUUGCGUCACGAACCCUGUCGUUUCUGCGGGAACAUCUGUGGAUCCUGGAAAAAGCUAACGGUGCACCUGGGGAAACACAUGGAACAACUGGCCAUGCCAGUACUGGAACUUGCCAAACAAAGUUGUGCGGCGCCGCCGAACCUGGCCCACCAGGUGGGCAAGGCUGGCAGAUCCACCGAAACACAAGCCCCCCUCGCAGCACAGACACCAGUUCACGCGCAACACGAUUGCUCUGGAACGCCAGCCCAUCUCGCACGGCCACAGCCACCGCCACAGUGUCCAACCAGCAAUGCUCGCACGCCGGCUCGGCAUCCGUUCUCCUAUGAGAUUCCUCUGCUCAAUUACCCGUCUAUCUCAGGCGGCGAACUAUCCAUGGAGCCGGAGUCGAUAACCGAGUCUGUCCAGCCCGGCGAUCCUCAAUUCGCAGGUGCAGGAUACAUGAACCAUUUCGAUCAAGGCGCGCUCCACGCGCAAGCCCAGACCCACCCCCUGCAUCAGAAUUCGGUGACGUACCCACCGCCAUACAAUGCAGUCCCGCGCUCAAGGACUCCCGAAGCGAACGCUGCCAUGCUGCCGCACUCGUAUUCCCUCAGUUCCCAUCUUCAGGGCUCGCUCUACCCCGCCACGGGCUAUCCGGCAUACCAGCCUGUGGCUCCCAAUCCGCAUACACCACGGGGCCCUAUGACUCCAGCUACUCCAGCUAUUCCUCUCAGAUGUGAUUGA